CCAAAAAGGAUUGUGGGAGAAAGGCUCUUUCCUUUCCGUCUGGCGGCAGCCAUCAGCUCAAAGGUAGGCCAAGAUGGGUGCUUACAAGUACAUCCAGGAGCUAUGGAGGAAGAAGCAGUCCGAUGUAAUGCGCUUUCUUCUCAGGGUGCGCUGCUGGCAGUACCGCCAGCUCUCUGCGCUCCACAGGGCUCCCCGCCCAACCCGGCCCGAUAAAGCGCGCAGGCUGGGGUACAAGGCCAAGCAAGGUUAUGUCAUAUAUCGGAUUCGUGUGCGUCGUGGUGGUCGCAAACGCCCAGUUCCUAAGGGUGCUACCUACGGCAAGCCUGUCCAUCAUGGUGUUAACCAGCUAAAGUUUGCCCGAAGCCUUCAGUCUGUUGCAGAGGAGCGAGCUGGGCGCCACUGUGGGGCUCUGAGAGUCUUGAAUUCUUACUGGGUUGGCGAAGAUUCCACAUACAAAUUCUUUGAGGUCAUCCUCAUUGAUCCAUUCCAUAAAGCUAUCAGAAGAAAUCCUGACACCCAGUGGAUCACCAAACCAGUCCACAAGCACAGGGAAAUGCGAGGGCUUACAUCUGCAGGCCGCAAGAGCCGUGGCCUUGGAAAGGGUCACAAGUUCCACCACACUAUUGGUGGUUCUCGCCGUGCGGCAUGGAGAAGACGCAAUACUCUCCAGCUCCACCGUUACCGCUAAUAUAAGUAAUGUUUGUAAAAAUUUUACCUAAUAAACGAUUUAGGACAGUCAUGUCUGCUUAAAAGUGUUCUUUAAUUUGUCUGUUAAAUUUAGUUGUCUGCAGAUUGUUCCAUGAAUGCAUUGUCAAAUUAUGAAAGUUAAAGUGCAAUAAUGUUUGAAGACUUUAAGUGAUGGUGUAUCUUGUUUCUAAUAAGAUAAACGCUUUUGUCUUUGCUUUAUCUUAUUAGGGAGUUUAUAUGUCAGUGUUUAAAAUGCUGUUUGGUAUAAUAGGUGUAAAAUCUGUAAACGUGGAAUGCAGAAGCUAGCCAUGUAGAUUUGUUGCAUGUAAUGAAACCUGCAGCUUCAUUGGGAUGAUGUAAUGCUCUGGUUUACUCUCAAAUGGCUGUUAUUAGGGAUUUGGAAAGAACAAGCUUUUUAAACAGGAUUUUGCUUGGAAGUGUGAAGAAUAUCCUAAUCUUUAAUCAUGGUCAUAUGCAGAACAGUGUUAAGUAGGAACCACAAUUUCAGGUUGAAUCCAGUAUUCAUUUAUGUAACUACGGCUUUGGAAAGAAUACUUUAAAAGAAUGCCACCAUUUUUUUAAAGAGAAUUGAAUCAACCUACCUGUUACAGGAGGGUUGUCUUAAAAAUGAAAAUAAAUCCUGCUUAACUGAAGCAAAAUUGCCUUCGUCUCCACAGUAUUGGAGUUUGAAAUUAUAUUGAAGUUAACAUAAAAUGUAGAGGCUCCUGAUUCUAUCCCAUGACUCCAUGGGAUCUGUAGAAUACUGAAUUUCCUACAAAGCAGUCAGUUAAUGGUGUUUACUCUGGUGUAUAUGAAAACUUACAGAAAUUGGACAUUAGGUGAAUGAGAAGACUAUGAUUUGUAAGCUAGUAACCAAUGCUAGAAUUGGGAAACUGGUGGCCAUAUAACCUUUUAAGUGUGAGGAUAAAAAAGUUGGCUUUGAUUAGAAUUUUAAAUACUUUAUCCAUGGUCUUUGUGACCAUUAUGAAUCCACUAGCCACCUUAGGGGGAAAAAUAGGGUUGGCUUUAAAAGUACAUCAUUGCUCGUUCCAAGUCCUAAGUCAUCUUGGGUCAACCCACUUAGGCAUUCCCAUAGGUUAUUGAGAACAGUCAUGUAGUUGGUGUCCAUACAAGUCUAUGGUUUCCAAUCUAAUCCUUACAUGUGUUAUCCACAGUCAUUUUUCUCAUCCUUACUCAAACUCCUCAAAAUCUUUGCCAUUCCGUAAACUUGCCAGCCCAUCAAUUGUGCCACCUUGAUGUUAAGUAUACCACUAUUCUGUUUCCAUUCUGUCUUUGCAGUAAAGAGGUUUCUGUUCUCCAGGGUGAAUUUUGAGUCUGUAGGAAAUAGAGGAAUUGCCCCAACUUUAAGAUUGCUGACUUAAUCCAUAGUUUGAUUUCAAAAUCGAAUUGCUGGUUUCCUUAAACCAGUUUUUAUAUUUUUUUCAGGGGUCUUAGGCUCAGUUAAAUGAUUUCCAGAAAAAGGCUCAAAACCUCUUGAGACCUAAAUUCCUUUCCACUCAAAAAGAGAUCCUAAACCAUAUAUAUACUUUGUGUGUUAGAAGUUGUUCAACUAAAGGAAUAAAUGUUUAUUAAACACCUGUUAUCUUUUGUCAUCUAAUAUUAAGCAAGCCAAAUACCCUAACCUACACAAAAUGUAAUGGCAGAAACAGUCACUUUGAGAGAAAAUAAAAUGAAUAGUACUUAGUCUUGAGAA